AAUGUUGUUAUAUAGCACGUUUAGAUAAAUCAAUCUUUUCAUGCUUAAAUUUUGUGGAAAUUUGAAAGACAGCGCGUUAUGAAAAAAAAAUCUGUACCUUAGGCGUUGAAAAUAAAGGAGCACCAUUCAUAGCUGUAUGUUCUGGGUUUCUGAAUAUUCUUCCAUUACUAAUCCUUUUGUGAAAGAUUACUGCAAACCCUAUCCAUGAUAUUUCCAACCUCUUUAAAAAUCUCCACCGUUUCCCCUCUCCAGAUUUGCAGAUCCAAUCCUACCCACACCAGCCAUUUAGCAGUAGCCCCAACGAUUUCCAGAUCACCAACAUCAACAUUAAUCAAAAAGCACGCCAUUCCAGUAACCUGCUCUUUAGUCAGCUCACCAGUAAUCAAAAGCCCAAUACAGAAGAUCUUCCAACAAGUUCAAACAGCCUUUCACAAUGGCUUAUCUACAGCCCUCAUUGACUCUCCAAGGAGAAACACAAGCUCACAUAUACCUAGUCCUACUACUAAGUGGGAUUACAAUUCAGAGAAUCAUGAGGUUGAUUGGAUGAGGAGGCUGUGUAGAUCUGACCCUUCUCCAAAGCAGAGCAUUGCAGCCAAAUGGAGAGAAUACCAUGGUGCUAACGAUUGGAAAGGCAUGCUUGAUCCUCUUGAUGACAACCUAAGAAGAGAAAUUGUUAAAUAUGGAGACUUUGCUCAGGCUACAUAUGAUGCUUUUGUCUGUAAUCCGAAUUCCACCUCCUAUGCUAACUGUAUCACUGAUGAUCUCCAUUCAUUUUUUGAUACCAUGGGGCUUAAGAAAACUGGCUACAAGGUCACCAAAUAUCUUUAUGCAACCCCUACCGUCCAAAUGCCCGAUUGGCUUGAAGAAAUACUACCACAAUCAUUGAAACCCAGCAGGCAAUCAUCGAAAUGGAUGGGAUUUGUAGCUGUGAGUGAUGAUGUGAAAGAAAUCAAAAGAUUGGGCCGAAGAGAUAUAGUCAUUGCAUGGAGAGGCACCAUGAUUCCUUCUGAAUGGGCUGAAAAUCUUAAGACAGAUCUGAAAACGUUAAAUCUCAGGCCAUUACAAGCUGCUUCAAAUAGCUCUUCUGGUUUAUCCUGUGGAGGUCUUCAUUCAAAGGUUGAAAAUGGAUUUCUAAGCCUCUAUACCAACUCUUCCAAGGCUGAUGAUAAUGAUAGUACAAAUACAAGAAAAAUAACUAGCAGUGCAUCUGAGCAAGUUAUGAAAGAGGUCCAAAGAUUGGUUGAGUUAUACAAGGGUGAGAAAUUGAGUAUUACUAUUACAGGCCACAUCAUAGGAGCCUCCUUGGGACUCUUGAGUGCUUACCAAAUUGGAGAAACAUUAUUAGCAUCCAAUAAUUUAGGUGCUAAACAUAAUAUACCUGUGACAGUACUUUCUUUUGUAGGGCCCAAAGUUGGAAACCUUGAUUUUAAAGAGAGAAUGGAGGAGAUAGGUGUGAAAACUUUGAGAAUAGUGAAUACUCAUGAUGUGAUACCUAAACUUCCUGGCAUCGUUUUGAAUGAAUGGAUGCACAGAAAGCUUUUUAAUGGAGUGAAAGGGGAGAUAUACAGUCACGUGGGUAAUGAGUUGAGGAUUAGUCACUUGAAUUCUCCUUAUCUUAAACACAAUGUUGAUAUGAGUUGCAGCCACAAUUUGGAGGCCCAUUUGCAUUUGGUGGAUGGUGUUCGGAGCUCGGCCGUUCCAUUUCGUUCUAAUGUGAAAAGGGAUUAUUCACUUGUUAAUAAGACCUGUAAUUUGCUUAGAGAUGAACUCAUGGUGCCCCCAAAUUGGCUGGUUUUGUCAGAGAACUCCACUCCUACUCUCAGUCCAAAAUCCAGCUAUAUGAACAGUCUAUCUCUUAAAAUCCAAAUAUUUGUAAAGAAUGGAGGUUAG